GGCGGUUUUAGGGAGUUCCAUUAUUUUAUAGACCUAAGACUGAAGACGGUUUUCCGGGGAGUCGGAAUCUCGAGAUAACCUGGUCCGAGACUGUUCCGGUUCGUUAACCAGAGGUACACCCGCAAAGGUUCACUACUUCAGGAGUCUGACUAUCCUCCUCAGAUGGUAGUUUCUUUCUCUCACCUGUUCCUGAGACGCCAUUCGUUGUCGCGAGAGACUGAAGAAGAAGAAGAAGAAGAAGAAAAGAAAGGAACGAUGAGUGGUGCAGGGGAGAAGAUAGCAGAUGUGGCUGUGAAGGCAUCUAAAGGCAUUGAUUGGGAUGCCAUGGCAAAGCUCCUGGUCUCCGACGAGGCACGCAAGGAGUUCUCUAAUCUCCGCCGUGCCUUCGAUGAAGUCAACACCACUCUCCAGACCAAGUUCAGUCAGCUGGCCUUCAUUUUCUCCUCCUUUUUUACCGAUCUAGAUUUCUGGUUGAUUUUCUUCUUAGGCAUAGAGGUCCCCAAAUAUGUUGACAAUGUGACUCCUCAGUACAAUCCCAAGUUUGAUGCACUGUUGGUGGAGCUGAAAGAAGCGGAACAGAAGACCUUGAAAGAGUCAGAGAGACUGGAAAAGGAGAUUGCAGAUGUACAAGAGCUGAAGAAAAAGCUUAGCACCAUGACUGCAAAUGAGUAUUUUGAGAAGCACCCAGAGCUGAAGAAGAAGUUCGAUGAUGAGAUCCGGAAUGACUAUUGGGGUUAUUGAUAUAACCCCUGCUGAUAUCGCCAAGUGAAUCUGCCUUUGUUGAGAGACUGCGAACAUCCAUUUUCAUUUUCAAUCUUCCUGCAUUUUUUCCUCUGAAAAUCCUUUUAAUUUUUCUGGGUAAGUGGCCUCAAAGCAGUUUCAAACUGCUAUUAGGUCAAUAAUAUCCACUUAUCAAGUGUGCGUACAUUGCGCAACUUGAAAUUCAGAAAGAUUGUGAAUUUUCAUAUUUGAACGUGUAUCCUGGUGCGAGUUUUCAGCUGCUAAAGUCUGGGUGUUGAGAUUUAAGUUUACCAACAAGCCAAAUUUUCAAUACAAGUUUUCAGCAGGAAGGAUUGGUGUAGUUAUGCCAGUAGCCCUGAUGUUAGAUGUUCAGUCUUUCUUUUUAAUCCCCUCUUACAGACACAUUGUGGGAUGCAAGCAUGGAAGGUGAGUUCAUUCUGAGUUUCUGAG